GCAAAUCAGUUUGAUUUUAGCACGCGACGCGAGCGAACCGAAUUUGACGGAAAAGAUAGUUUCUGGGGAAGAUCUGCCAGCGCCACGCUCCGAUGGGCAGGUCGUCGCAUUAUGCCGAAUCGAUGACGCAGUGCGUCUGUGCUGUUGUCAUUUCUCUGAUUUUGUCACACGUGCUGGCAGCUGACGAGGAGAUGGCUUCCGCCUACGAGUCCACUUGCGUCAUUCGUGCCACUCUCUAUGCCACAUCGCCGCUGGAGAGGAGCAGUCAGGACUUUGGCCUGCCCCUGGACAUCGAUUGUAGCGGUAAUAGGACUCUAAAAUCGAAUGCCUUCGAUUUGGGCGCCCAACGGGUGGCGGGAAAGCGGCAUGUUAUGGUGGACGGCUCUGGAACUCCUCCUCUGGACAUAGAUACCUAUGGCUUGGAGUAUCUGGACAAUUGUGUUCAGCUGGAGAGCUUGGACAUCCAACGAUUUGUGGCCGAUUCCACCCUAAGAUUGAGCUGUGAUGGAGCCAUCCUUUCUAAUCUCACAGAAGUGUCAUUUGAAAAGAACGAACUGGGAACCCUAAGCGGAAAUACUUUCCAGCAGGUGCCGCAUCUGAAAGUCCUUAAGAUUCAACAGAAUUCUCUAAAAUAUAUGGAAAUAUUGGAAGGUGGCUCUGAACUGGAGGAGUUACUCAUAAGGGAUGAGACUGAGUUGGUCCUUGCGGAGAAUCUCAUCCUGCAGAAGCUGCCGAAGCUGAAAAAGAUUAAUUUGGAAAAUCUUAAACAAAUAAAAAACGAUUUCUUUGAGAACAUACCCGAGAAUCUAAAAGAUCUUGUGGUGAGAAGUACACCCAUUCAGCCUGGUCAACUCCAGUUGGAAAAUGGUAUCCUGGAGUUGGUUAAUAUCACCAUAACGGACUGCCAGUUGAAAAGUUUUGGCCUGGAUCCUCCAGGACUCUUGAGACUGAAGCACCUUAACCUGAGCGGCAAUGCACUGGAAUCCCUGAGCUACGAGUUCCACAACAUUUCCCUUUACAGCAGUAAUCUGGAGAUCCUGGACUUGAGCAGGAACCAGUUGAAAUAUCUCAAUAAAACAUGGUUCACCAAAAUGAUUGUUCUCCAGAAGGUGUACUUGCAGGAGAAUCGCUUCCAUUCGAUGUCCUUAGCCGAUAUCGCAUACAUUGCACCUUCAAGUAUUCAACAUAUUGAUCUUAGAUGGAAUGAUCUAGUAAGAAUGACGGAUGUGGAAAGGGCCAACAAUCUCUUCCUGUAUUCACCACGACUUUGGGUGGAUGGGAAUCAUUGGAGCUGCCAGUGGCUGUUGAAUUUCUCCCACACAGAGCCCAUGUUGUUUCGGCAAUUCCAGUACACCAAGUACAUUUCCCACAUCAAUGUGAAUGGGUUGAGCUGCGAGCCCCAGGAGCCGCCCACUGAAGCACCACCCAAAGUGGCGAGGAUCAUGCAAGUACGGAUCAAUGGCUCCUCGGAGGUGUACCCACCGUUACUCCAUCCCGAUACGAAUGUGUCCAGUUUUACGGUGCUCUACGGGAAUCCCGUGGAACUGCACAGAAGUCAGAGAAACGGAGCUCUGAUCAUCGUUUUCAUGCUGCCUCUGGGCAUCGCCCUGUUGUUCCUUCUGCUGUAUCUGUACCUGCACUGCGAAAGGCUCUUCCACUUGUCCUACUACGCCUCGGGACUGCCCUGCUUUGGCGGCGAAAAGUCCUCGAGCGGUCCCCGAUUCGUGGAUCAUGUCGAUAUUGUUCGAUAUCCUGUGGCUAAUGGCAGUGCUCCUCCCGCAGAUGUCGAAAUGGAUGUGCCCGAUGGCUAUGAGACACCAGUUAGUGGUGCUACUUCCAUUUGCAAUUGCACCGGCCACAGGGAGUCCGCCUGUUCCAGAACCCACCAUGUCACCUACGAGUCCCUGCCCACCGAGCUGCCUUACCAGCUGUAUGCCGAGAUCAAGGAGCAGGCGGAGGAGCAGCAGAGCGGAGAAACGGAUGAAAUGCUCUCACCCACUCCAGGACCAACGGCGCCCAUCUACGAUCAUCUCUCCUUCGUGGAGGCAGCUCCUAAACAGGACGAACUGAGGGAUAUAUCCUGAACAUUUUUGAAUCCUUGAAGGGAUAUCAAAUAGAAGGGGAAAACGCAUACGAUUCAUUUAUAAGCACGCGAAAAUUUAUUUCAUAAAGGAUUAUUUGACUAGUGAAUAAAAAUAAUUAUUUUUCAAAAUUUAAAACUGACAAAGAUAAGAUACUCCUUCUCAAGACGUUAUGUAGAAGACUUCUCUUGAUCAUAAAUUAUUUUAUAGAUGUCAGAUCCGUGAGUGUCCUGAAUUCAAAACUUCAA